AGCUUCAUUUCCUGUGUGCUCCUGACUCACCGCGUGUUUCUUGACGCAUCUCGCCGAGGCGCUGUAGGACGACCGGAUAACGGGAUCCGAGAAGGGGGACAGGAGCAAAACGUGUCAGUCUGACAGACAUAGACGGGGUGCUAUUGUAUAACACAGGCCUUCAGUCUUUUCACUCCAGGCUGCUGUUGUUGUUGCUGCUUGCCCGGACUCUCUUCUUUUAUUCCAGCCCUCCUAUCAUUUGCUUCUUCCUCUCCUCUCACCGCGGAGGUAGAGCCGGAGCGCUGCAGCGGGGUGAGCUCGGUUGUUGCAUCGGCCGCUGGCGGAGGACCUACACAUGUCGGAGCGGUGAGGGAGCGUUUGUUUCCCCGCCCUGAUAAGCGCUUUGAGGAGGAGGACGACGGAGGAGGGGGACGUUGUGUGUGGCGUGGAGGAGGAGGAGGAGGAGGAGAAGGAGAGAGAAUAAAAACAAAAAAAAAUCUGAAUUAUAAAGCAGGUGCGGCCGAGAGAGGAAGAAAAAAAAAACCGAGCAGGAGAAGGACAACAGUGAUGCGGCAGCCGAAGUGGGCCCAGAUAGAUGAUUUUAUGAUAUCAUCAUCCACCGCCAGGACCGAUCACUGAUUUUAUUGAUAAGGAGCAUCAUCGAGGAGAAUAAAGCUGAUCUGGGGUCCGUUUGUUUGUUUGGAUAAAAACAGCAGGAGGAUCAUCGGUGCUUGAUUUAUGCAGUGAUUUCUUUUCCACAAGGAGGCUUUGUGAUCAGAAAAUAAAUCUCCAAAUUUAGGCCGAUGACUUAAGUGUGCAUGUGUGUGUGUAUGUGUAUGCGUGUGUGAGUGUGUGUGUGUGUGUGUGUGACGCCAAUACAGCAGCAGAGAGGUGUGUUUAUGUGUAUGCGUGUGUGUGUGUCUGUCUGAGCAUCAUCUGGUAGCUGUACGGGCUACUCCUCCACGGGGAUGAUACACAAGCGAUUUUACAUCUGUGCGUAAAGAAGUGAAGAAUCAGGGAUGAUGCUGCUGCUGCUGCUGCCAUUUCCAGCCCGGCUCUGAUAGAGACACCGAGGAGGCGCACAGCACGGGACUGGACAUCCAGAAAAUAUCCUCUCCUCUCCUCACCUCUCCUCCGCCUCUGCACCUUCUCCCUCCCUCCUCCUCCCCUUUAUCUCUCACCCCUCACCUCCUCCACCACCCCCAGAUCUCGUCUAUUCACUCUGAUCAAUUGAUAAUCCAUCUGUGAUUCAGAAAAGCCACCCACCUCCUCCAUCCUCUCCUCCAUUCACAUCCUCUUUACGCACUCACACGCGCAAAGGCGCGCACCCACUGCACGCACCAACACCACCACCACAGCCGCCGCCGCCAUCAUGGAGACGACCAAGCUGCCUCCGUCCAGCCCGUCCUCACCGACCACCAGCUUCUCGGUGCCGUCCGCGGAGAAGGUGGACGGCUUUCCGCGCAGGUCCAUGCGCAGAGCCCGGCAGAGGAGGUCCCACAGCUCGUCCCAGUUCCGAUACCAGAGCUCCCAGGUGGAGCUCACCCCACUGCCCCUGCUCAAAGACGCCCCGGUGGCAGAGUUACACGACCUGUUCUGUAAGAAGCUGCAGCAGUGCUGUGUGCUGUUUGAUUUCCUGGACUGCGUGGCUGACCUGAAGGGGAAGGAGAUCAAGCGCGCGGCGCUCAACGAGCUGGUGGAGAGCGUGGCCACUAGCAGAGGAGUCCUCAUAGAGCCUCUCUACCCAGAGGCUAUAAAGAUGAUCUCGGUAAAUAUCUUCCGAACUCUCCCGCCCAGCGAGAAUCCAGAGUUUGAUCCUGAGGAAGACGAGCCGACACUCGAAGCCUCCUGGCCGCAUCUGCAGCUGGUGUACGAGUUUUUUCUGCGUUUCCUGGAGAGCCCGGACUUCCAGCCCUCCAUGGCCAAACGCUACGUCGACCAGAAGUUUGUCCUGCAGCUCCUGGAGCUGUUUGACAGCGAAGACCCCAGGGAGAGGGAAUACCUAAAGACCAUCCUGCACCGUGUCUAUGGAAAACUACUGGGCCUCCGAGCCUACAUCCGCAAACAGAUCAACAACAUCUUCCUCAGGUUCAUAUAUGAAACUGAGCACUUCAACGGAGUCGCAGAGCUUCUGGAAAUCCUCGGCAGCAUCAUAAAUGGCUUCGCCCUGCCCCUGAAGGCCGAACACAAGCAGUUCCUGGUUCGGGUUCUCAUCCCGCUACACACGGCAAAGUCCCUUUCCAUCUUCCACGCACAGCUGGCCUACUGUGUGGUGCAGUUUAUGGAGAAAGAUGCUACAGUGACUGAAUAUAUCAUCAGAGGGCUGCUCAAGUACUGGCCAAAAACCUGCACGCAGAAAGAGGUGAUGUUCCUGGGGGAGAUUGAAGAGAUCCUGGAUGUGAUCGAGCCGUCUCAGUUCAUCCGGGUGCAGGAGCCGCUCUUCAAACAGAUCGCAGCCUGCAUCUCCAGCCCUCACUUCCAGGUAGCGGAGCGGGCUCUUUACUUCUGGAACAACGAGUACAUCCUCAGUCUGAUAGAGGAGAACUGUCAAGUCAUCCUGCCGCUGGUAUUCGCCACCCUCUACAGAGUCUCCAAGGAGCACUGGAACCAGACCAUCGUGUCUCUGAUCUACAACGUGCUGAAGACCUUCAUGGAGAUGAACAGCAAGUUGUUUGAUGACCUCACUGCCUCCUACAAAGUGGAGAAACAGAAGGAGAUGAAGCGAGAGAGGGAGCGUGCAGAGCUCUGGCGAGGCCUGGAGGAGCACCAGGAGCGCCGGAUGCAGAUGCUCACCGAGGCCGCCAGGAACCAGAGGAACCUCCAGGAGCGAGGCGAGAGAGGGGACCCGCCGACCCCUUCGUCCCCGCAGACGGCUCACUCCGACCAGCCCGAGCCCAAGCCAAGCGGGGCCUCUUCUUCCUCCUCCUCCGGAGCUGGGGAGAGCGCCACCUAGGUGCUGCUCCACCACACAUUGGAUAACACAGGGGGUUAGGGGACAGGGAGAAGACAUGAGGUUGAUGGUGAAAGUGUUGGGAGAGGUCAGACAGAAAAGGUACAAAACAAAACCACUGUUCUUUUUUUUUUAUUAUUAUUAUUUUUUAUCUCGUAUCAUCGAGAUGUGGCGGCUUUUUUGCGAAAAAAGCGCACGCGCUCAGUGAUGCGAGGUAAACACUGUACCUUUUUUCUGACAGAGUUGUGUGAAACUGGUUCACUUUUUUUGCUGUACACACAUCAUGUUGCAGAUCAGAAGAUGAAUAUUGUCCAUAAAGUGCUGACUGUCGUUUUAAUUAACAGCUGGUUUAUUAAACUGCAGGUCAGUACCAAAAAAAAAAUUGGUAGCUGGCCUGCUUCAAAUCAGCCUCAAAAAAAGAGAUACGACUUCUCUUUUGGUGCAAACACUAACCGAGUUUAACAUGUGUCUAACUUGUCUUGAUAUUUAACCAGUCGGAGUCUGUACUGUGGCCUCAUAUUUAUCUUUUGGUCAGAGAUGCUUAUUUCAUGCGUGGAUAGCACAAUGCAUUAAUAAACAAAAGAAGCAAUUUCACACAAAUGUCCCAAAACUAUUGCCGCACAGGCCAGACACACACACACACACACUCAAACACACACACACACAGACGCAGGUACAUAUUUACUGUAAAUAUGAGAAUACAGAGCUGCAGAGAUAAAAAUGUAUCCAGGUCAAACAAAUCUCACACGCCAACUAUCGAUUGAUGCACCAAGAUAUUUCUUUUAGACGCUCGUAUACACGCACACACUCGCACACACACACACACACAGCUGGUUCUGGCGCUAACUUCUCUCCCAUUCUGUCGGUUUCCACCAAAGGACGAGCCUAAAAGUCCGUCAAGGUUAAAUAACCACUGAUGAAGAUGAUGAUAAUGAUAUAAAGUACAAUACUGUUCCUUCUUCUUACUUGUUACUCUACUACUACUACUCUACUCUACUCUAAGUACUACUGAUGAUGAUGAUAAUGUUUUUAUAUAUAUACAUAUGUCUCUGGAUAUUUCUGUAGUGUAUUAUGGGAGAAACACUAGUGUAGCAGAUACCAUGAAGGGGGAAGGCCGGCUCGAAUUCUGAAUUCACAUCACAUGUUAACUGUAUGAGGCCAUAAUGUGAGUGCUGAAAUUCAGCGGAAUUCCCCUUUAACAGACCUUAAAGAGGGGACGAUGAACUGGAAUCGCGGUGGCUGUUUUUCUUUUCUUUUUGAAAUUUUGGAUGUUUGCGGUGGGUGCAUUUUAAAUCGUAAAAAAAAUAAAUAAAUUCCCAAAACAUUCCACAUUUAAAGAUCCCUACAAUUAUGUUUUUUGGGGUUUGUUCGUUUGAUUAAACGUGCCCUGUGGAAAAACACAUUUAUGUUUACAUUCAGUGUUACUCACCAAAAAACGCAUCGUGUGCAUCCUUGACAAGCUGAAUGCAUUUCCUUCCUCAUAGAACAUUUGAAAAGUAAAAAAAAUGUUGCAUUGUUUACAUCCAUGUUUACUAACUAGUCAUCUUCUUCCCUGCCUCUGUCGGCAUAUUGCUAUCGUUUCUCUGCACAUUUAUUGGUUGAUCAAUAAAAUAGCAUGCAACUGGCAUGAAUCAUAUCGCCUGUGUGCUCACGCGCAUACAUGUCCACCCUUGUGCGUGGAACAAACAUAAUGGGGACCUGCUCAUAAAAACAUUGCGCUAUAGCGCCUCUAGUGGUGGGAAACUCCACAGGGUACCUUUAAUUUAGAUGUUAAUUAAAAGUUUUACAAAUAUACUCUUUUGCCUUGGUUAUAUUUUACAAAGUUGCAGUUUAGGAACCCCAACAUUGAACCAAAAAUGGAUUCCAAGCAGACUAGUAAACGCCACCCAACUCAGACGUUACUGGAGGACAAAUAAAGUGCACCACCAGUGUUUCAGACCAAAAGAAAAACACAUCAGUGAUCCAGUUGGAUUUCUGAACCCGGCACGUCUGUUCCUUAAGGCUCAGCAGACCUGACGCUGCUAGAUGGCGACCAUGACGAUGAUAACUUUUUUUUUUCGGUGUGAACCAACAAAAAUCUGUUUAUUCUUGUCUGAUCAUUAUGAUAGAGUGGUGGGAUAAAGAGAGGGUGGGGAAAAAAACAGAAAAAAAUUAUUUUAGCAAUAUUUUCAUUCUUUCAGGAUAAUCUGUGUGUUUUUAGGGGGUUAAACAGGAAGUGGGUGUCACACGCAAAUGUUUACCCCCCACUCUUGUUUUUACUCCUGUUGCGUCCUUGAUAUUCACAUUGUCUUAAAGGUACUUUCUGUGUACAUUUAUUUGAUGAAAAUGAUUUUGCUUUGUAAUUAUUUUGUUUUGUUUUUUCUUGGUUUUUGUAUGAUCUCGUUCAUUUUGUGGAAAACUGAUACCGAUGCUAUUUAUUUUCUAUUUGAUCAGGAAAUGUAACCUUAUUUGAAGAUGAUGGUCAGGUUGUGUAUGUGUGUGUGUGUGCGUGCAUGCAUGUGUGGGUGUGUAUCCAGCGAGUGAAUCGGUGUGCAGGAGAUGUGCGUAGACAGAGUGAUUGAGAACGAGAGAAAAAUGUUUUUCUCUCUUUGUUUCUUUUUCUCUCUCUCUCCUUCUCUCCUUCCUGAGGGACAGGGUUUGAAUCCGAAUGUAUCGUAAAACGAAUCGAUUGUUUCUUUUGACGCUUGAGACGCAGAGCUACCUGUCGGCUGCUUCGUAACCAAACCUUCAAAAAACACUUCAGACCAGCAGUUUUUCCAAACUUCAAAUCAUGCCUGAGUCAACAAGGUUUUGAAAUCCAUCCGAUUUGCAGCUCUCAGAUUGGCAUUUUAACGUUUUAUUGAGCUGCAUCUUACAGUGGCGCAUUUCUGCCUCCAAAUUUCCACAUUUUUUUUUUUGUGUGUGUUUUUUUUAAAUACUUUGAAUCGGCCACACAUACAGUAAUCUUUAUACAAAAGAGGUUGUUGCUUUCAAGCGUUGACACUGCAGCAGGUUAUAACUUCCAACAUGUUUGUCAUAAAACCAAAAGCAAAAUAUCAUCAAAUAUGCAUGAAAAUAGUUGAUAUUAAAAAUAAACAUAACUCAUAAUCCACUCACUAGCUUUUUCUGCAGCUUACAAUCAGGUUAUGGAGUUGCUCAGCCAUCCUGGAGAUGACUCAGGAGUCAUCGUGUGAAUGAAGUAUGGCGCUUUGCCCAAUUGGCAUGGCACCUGAGCCGUCUCCAUGACAACUGAGCAAACUCCUCCUGAGAUAAGACUGAAAGCUCUGGAAAAAGCCAGCUAGUUAGCAUUGUUACACAUGUGCCCGUGGUUUCCAAAACUUUUUUCACUUUUUUCACCUGUGAUCCCGUUAGAAGAAAUCAAUGUCUGCUUGUGACUCUUUGGCCUUUGUGUGGACAUGAGUUGCGGGUAGUUAAACCAAAGAGUUUUUUCCCCUCUCAAAUCAUUUUUGAAAAUACAAAACAGCAAAAGAAAAAGGAGGAAAAUCAUAAAAAAAGAAAAAUAUUUCAUUUUGUUCUUGUGUUCUUUUAAUGACCUUAAUGACCUCCCUGAAUUAACUUAAGACCCCUUAAGUGGUCCCCUGAACCCCAGUUUGGGAACCACUGACACAUGUCUCUCUUCUCUAAGUACCAUAACACUACACAGUUCUUCCUUUCAGGCUGAAUUUUGUUGAAUUUUGAGCGUGGAUGUAAAGUACACAUUAACUUUCUGCAUGCGGCCACACACAUGGAAAAAAAAAAUGCACGGAUUGAUUAGGUGUAAUAGCAGCCUCAUGCUAGUAAACACCUCAAAACCUGCACCCGACACCAUCUAACCGAACACAGGCAAGAAAAACAACAAAUGCUCCCAUAUGAUUUCAAACGUUGUUUUGAUUCAGGCAAAAUAAAAAAAAAUAAAAAUAAAAAACACAACUGAAAACAGACAAAACUUGACCUCGCUGUCAUAAAACUCAGCUUACUUAUGAUUUUUGUUUUGGCUUGCUUCCUCACAAACCCUCUUGAUUGUUAUUGUCAGUCGGUCAGCUGACUCCCACCGUUCUAGAAAUUCUCAGUUCCUGUUUCUAGGACUCUGUCGUACGAAGAGAACUGCUCCAGAACAGGAAGCGAGAGAAGAGAGUGUUCGUAGAGAGCUCUGGUAUCGCCUCGCAGACCGCCAUCAAACGCUGCUUUCAUCCACCGCCACAUUUCCUCCCAGCGGCCAUUUUCACGUGGCCCAUAUUGAAACAAAUGCUUUAAAUCCGAGGGUUGAUGUGAAUGGACGGGAUGAAAGCAGCGGAGUGAAGAUGAAAAAAAAACAGAGGAGGAGAAAGACAGAGGAAAGAAAAGACAUAGAGUUAGACACAAUAGAAUGGCAAUAAGUCAGAGCAACAGUAACAGAAUGAGAAUAUAAUGUUAACGAAACCUACAACCGCAUUACGUAGCAAUUUCACUGAAUUUCUAGAUUUGCACUGUCUGCCCAAUGGUCUGUGUUUGUUGUGUUGAAGAAAAACCUUAGAGAAGAUGAUUAAGAUGAUGCAGAAGAAGAAGAAAAAGAAGAUGUAUAUUUUGGGGACCAACACAGCGGCGGGGGGGGGGUUGAAUGUAGAGAGGCUUACUACUGUACGUAACAUUACAGGGGGGUGUAGAAUGGAGAAAAAAAACUAUGUGCUAAAAAUGAAACUUCACUUUGAGAAAACA